AUGUGGGUCGAUGAAGGUCAGUAUGUUGGAAUUGGUUUUGGUCCUCACGCUGGAACUUCGUAUUCUGUCUCUCGAUAUAUGUACAUGAUUCAUCGUCCGAACUUGUCUUUUUAUAUAACAAAUACUUAUCCGGCAAGAUUUGCAACGAAGGUUCCGCAAGGUGCUACAUUCAAAUUUACAAUUAGGUCACUACUGCCUGCUGUAACAACUGUUUCACCACCUGUCACAGUAAUUACUGUACAUUUUUUACCAUUAUCCAAAAGUCAUGACUUCCUUAGUCCUAAACAUGCCGUUGUUUAUUUCUAUUUAUUUACUCAUAUUAAAAUCUUCGAAGCAAUCAAUCGUUUAACAAAUAUUCGUAAUAAACAAUUGAAACUCUUCGAAGAUUUAACAAUGUUCGAACAACGAUUUCUAUCUCUCAAAUUACCAAAAUCAUUCGAUUGUAUAAAAGCUGGUAUUGAUCAAGAACAAUGUGUAAAUAAACGAAACAAAAUCAUACAAGAAUUAAAACGUCGAAUGCUGAACGUUGAAUUGGUACAAUAUGAAAUGAAUAUUCAACAUUAUGAACAUUUGUAUCAACAAGAUUUAACUGCAUGUCAAUUAGAAAUUUUAAUACAUGUGAACAGCUCCCUGAUAACAUCUAUCAAAAAGAAAUUCUUAAAAGAAAAGAAAAAAAUGAGUAUCGAUAUAUUUUCUCACUAA